AUGGGCGAGGAAAUAAUCUCUCUGCCGGUCCCUGACAAUCUCCUGGCGGAGAUCUUUCUCCGGCUGCCGACCCCGGCCGACAUCCUCCGCGCCUCCGCCGCCUGUGUCUCCUUCCGCCGUGUCGCCGCACAUCGCUCCUUUGUCCGGCGAUUUCGUAAGCUCCACGCCCCGCCUCUACUUGGCUUCUUUGACGACCGAGUGUUCCACCCCGCCGUCCCACCACACCCCUCUACGCCGGCAGCCAGUGCCGUCGCUCUGGCCGCCGACUUUUCCUUCUCAUUCCUCCCCGCCCGCACUUGCACCUGGGCCGUCCAGGACAGCUGCGGCGGCCGCAUCCUCCUCAAGAGCGCCGAGACUGAUGAAGCCAUCUUCUCAGAGAUGCUGGUGUGUGACCCCUUGCAUCGGCGAUACCUCUUGGUUCCCCCAGUCCCAGAUGACCUAGCCGCUUCCGUGGAGAACCCGCUCCCAAUAAAACCACGGUUCUGGUGCCAGACCUUCCUUGUCCCUCUUGGCGACGAUGAGGAUGCACCAGCUGCGGAAGAGAUGCCGUUCAGAGUGAUCUGUCUGGUGCUCUGCAAAACUAAGUUGUUCGCCUUUGUCUUCUCUUCCAGCACUGGACAAUGGAGAGCCAUUCCUUCCCAGCGUUGCAAUAAUUUGUUUGCUGGCUUGCUAUCGUUAGGAAACACUGUGUUUCGCUUUCGCCAAUACGUGUAUGGAUCCUUUUACUGGAGGACAGGUUACGCAGAAACAAGUAUGCUGGUGCUCGACACUCGGAGGAUGGAGUUCUCGAUUGCUGAACUCCCACCUGAAGCCAAAUCUUCUUACAGUUUGGCUAUAGCCAUGGUGGAGGCAGGGAAAAGCAGGCCUGGGUUUUUUAUGCUUAAAGAUAGCGGAUCUACCCUUAGCUAUUGCAUUAUGCAAAACGAUGCUGGGAGUUUGAGCCACUGGCAGGAGGAGAAAACAAUCUCACUAGGUCGUGGGCACUACCUCAUAGGUUCAACUGAGAGGUACUUGCUCCUCUUUAGGUUGCGAAGCUCAUCCGACGGGCCAGGCUUUUACACACUGGACGUCAAAACAUUCCAUCUUGAGAAGGUGUGCGACUCUUCAACGUCUAGCUUCCUUAACCUGCACGCAUAUAGCAACUUCCCUCCAUCAUUGUUGUCAUUACCGACAAUACCACGUGGUGUUGAGAACUAGGCUGAGGAGAUGGUGAAACAGGGCUGUGCUGCAAGCUCAAGCGCUUAUUGACCACUGUCAAGAUAGUGCUGAUACAAAUUCUGAGCGUCAGGCUGAUGUUUAUAUGAUCCGAGAUGUU